AUGGCCUCAUCAGAUAAGCGCAAAGCACCCGAAGCAUUCGGGACGAAUCAGCUCGUCAAAAGGACAAAAACACCCGUUACCGAGGGAGCUUCAACAGCAGUUUCAGUCGUGGGAAGUUCGGCAGGAAAUGGCGCGCUCAUACAGGCGGUACCGAGGACUUCGGCGCUGCAAGCUCCGAUUAUGGAGUUGACAGGGCAUUCGAAAGAGGUAUUUGCGGUACGGUUCGACCCUACUGGCCAAAACAUUGCGUCUGGGUCCGCCGACCGAUCAAUCUUGGUCUGGAAAACAUACGGUGACUGCCCGAAUUACCUGUCCCUGACGGGGCAUAAGGGGCCUGUUCUAGAUCUUCAGUGGUCCCGCGACUCUGCAAUUAUAUUUUCUGCCUCAACGGAUGCGAUGCUUGCCUCAUGGGAUGUAGAGAAUGGGCAGAGGAUAAGGAGAUAUGUCGGUCAUGAAGAUAUUGUAAACGCGUUAGAUGUGACACGGAGGGGACCAGAGCUGAUCGUCAGUGCGAGUGAUGACGGCACUAUUGGGAUUUGGGACCCAAGGCAAAAGGAGUGUAUCGACUAUUUGGACACAAAAUUCCCAGUCACCUCGGUAGCCAUUAGUGAGGCUGGGAAUGAGUUGUUUAGCGGGGGGAUUGAUAACGAUAUCAAGGCAUGGGAUCUGCGAAAACGUGCCGUGGCGUAUACCCUGCGUGGCCACACAGAUACAGUCACCUCCCUCUCCGUUUCUCCAGAUGGCCAAGCCCUCCUUUCGAACAGCAUGGACAGUACCGUCCGAACAUGGGACAUUCGUGCCUUUGCACCCGCAAACCGUUUGAUCAGCAUCUUUGAGGGCGCUCCCAGUGGCAUUGAAAAGAACCUCAUUAGAGCAUCUUGGUCUCCCAAAGGUGAUAAAAUUGGUGCAGGUAGUGGUGAUGGUAGCGUUGCUGUUUGGGAGGCAGAGUCGAGGAAGCUCCUUUAUAAACUACCCGGACACCGAGGCACAGUAAAUGACAUGAGGUUUUCGCCGAUCGAAGGCGAGCCGAUAAUCGUGUCUGCGUCGUCGGAUAAGAAUUUGUUGUUGGGCGAGUUGGGGAAGUAG